AUGAGCCACAACAACGAAAACUAUUACUACCUUGGUUUGGACUUGUCUACACAACAGUUGAAAUGUACUGCCAUGAAUGACACGCAUGACAUUGUGCUCGAGGAAGCUGUCAACUUCGACCGGGAUUUGCCCGAGUUUAACACAACACACGGAGCUAUUCAUAACGGUGACACGGUCACCUCACCGACUAUUAUGUGGGUCAAGGCAAUGGAUAUUUUGUUUGAUCGCUUAAAGAAAUCACCAGUGGCUGGAAAGAUCCGUGGUAUUUCCGGUGCAGGACAGCAACAUGGAAGUGUCUACUGGAGCAAAUCAGGCAUCGAAAAGCUCAGCAAAUUGGACUCCCAAAAGACGUUACAGGAACAACUCUCGGAGGCAUUCGAGAUUGACCAAUCCCCAAUUUGGCAAGACGCUAGUACCACACGCGAGUGCCGAUCUUUGGAAGGUCUUGUUGGUGGAGCACAAGCGUUGGCUGAUUUGACGGGCUCAAAGGCUUAUGAGCGCUUUACUGGAAAUCAAAUUGCAAAGAUUCACAAUGAUAGAAGAGAGGCAUAUGACGCAACACAAAACAUUUCCCUGGUCAGUUCGUUCCUGACAUCCCUGCUUCUUGGUAAACUUGCACCUGUUGAUUCUCCCGAAGGGUCCGGAACCAAUUUGAUGAAUAUCAAGUCACAUCGAUGGGAAGACAAGCUCCUUACACACUGUGGUGGUUCGUCAUUACGUGAAAAGCUGGCCCUCGAACCAGUAGAAGGCGGUAACGCAUUGGGCAAAAUUAGUCCUUACUAUGUUGAGCGUUUUGGGCUUCAUCCAGACUGUGCUAUCAUGCCAUUUACUGGCGAUAACUCGGCAACCCUGGUAUCCAUGAACUUGCACGAAGGUGACUGUGUCGUUUCCUUGGGAACAUCCGACACCGUCCUUGUCUAUCUUAAACAAGGCGCUGCCAAGGCCACCACCGAAUCCCACUUGAUGGCCCAUCCUACUGACCCUACCGGAUUCAUGGGCAUGCUGUGUUACAAGAACGGCUCGCUAACGCGUCAACACAUUCGCGAUGUGUAUGCAUCUGGCGAUUGGGACGAGUUCAACAAGUUGCUGCAAACUGACGAUACCCAGAAUAAGACCGGUUUUUAUUACCAUAUGCAAGAAAUCAUUCCCUUCGCCAAGGGUAUCUAUCGAUUCGAGAACGGCCAGCAGGUCCAAGAAUUUGACACCCCGGCCGCCAAUGUCCGUGCCAUUGUUGAGUCACAGUUCUUGUCCAUGCGCAUCCGUUUGCAACGUAUGACUACAGUUGAAUCCAAACGUAUUCUCGCAACGGGUGGUGCUGCAGCCAACACUGCUCUGCUUCAAGUGUUGUCUAAUAUCAUGGGUUUGCCUGUGUACAAGCAAAAGGGCAUGAACAGUGCAAGUCUUGGUGGUGCGUUGUUGGCAAAGUAUGGUACGGUAGAGGACGGUGUUGGAUUCGAAGACAUGAUGAAGCGACAAGGUACGGCUGAAGAGCCUGAACUUGUUUGUAAACCUGAUUUGCGAUUGACCAAGCAAUAUGCCGCACGCGUGGAUGAAUAUGUUCGGUUAGAAAAGUCGGUUGUUGACCAGCAGUAG